AUGGACUUCUCCCCCUCGACGUGGCGCGUGCUCGGCCUGUCCGUGGCAGCGACGUACAUCGGCCUGGGCAGCUUCGCCAUCACCUUCCCCGUGGCCGCGGGCAAGACGUUCGGGCUGUACCCGCACUCGUCGUCGUCGUCGCUGAGCGGAUCACCCUCGACCGCCCCGCCAGGCACCAACGCCAACCCGACCAAGAGCCGCACUUCGCCGGCCGAGCACGCCAACGCCGACGUGGCCAACCACGCCGCGGCCGUGACCACGUCCAUGGCCCUGCUGGGCGCGCGCGACCUGAGCAUCGGCCUCGCGCUGGCCAAGCUCGGCGCCGACGCCAAGCUGCCCGAGAUGGGCACCGUGAUCCUGGCCGGCAUGGUCCUCUGCGCCGUCGACGUCUACCAGAUCUGGCGCCUGCGUGGUGCCGGAUGGGGUGCCGCGUUCGCUGCUGGCGCGGGCAUUUGGGUUGGUAUCGGUGUCGGGUUGGUGCAGUUGUAG